GUUUUCCCAUCUGCCGGAAACAGUAUCUUUGACCGACCAAAGUGUAGCGUGUACAGCUCUUAUAUUUCCUUUACGAUUGAUGCUGCGGUUCGUGUUGAAUUUGUGAGUUUACACAGUGGAAGUUAAAUAAUGGCGCCACGGAAAGGAAAAACUCAGCAGGAGCAGGUGCAGGUCUCUCUAGGACCUCAAGUAAGAGAAGGGGAAGUGGUGUUUGGCGUUGCCCACAUUUUUGCCAGUUUCAACGACACUUUCGUCCAUGUUACCGACUUAUCAGGAAGGGAAACUAUUGCCAGAGUUACUGGAGGCAUGAAGGUUAAGGCGGACAGAGACGAAGCGUCGCCCUAUGCUGCUAUGUUGGCUGCUCAGGAUGUUGCAGAGAAAUGCAAGACAUUGGGAAUCACAGCACUGCACAUAAAGUUACGUGCAACUGGUGGCAAUAAGACAAAAACUCCUGGCCCAGGAGCACAGUCGGCCCUACGUGCUCUGGCCCGGUCCAACAUGAAGAUUGGGCGAAUUGAAGAUGUGACGCCAAUUCCCUCAGAUUCCACACGCAGGAAGGGUGGACGACGUGGUCGUAGGUUGUGAAGUGACUGUAUACUUGUGUGGAACUUGUACUACUGUUAUAUAUUCCUAUCCAAUGAAAUAAAAUAUUUGACAUA